AUGCAGGUCUCGUACCCGAUCCUGGGCCUCGGGCAAGCCAAGCAGCUCGUGGCUAUCUGCGGCGGCGGCGGCUCGGCGCGCACUGGCGUCAAGAACACAGUCGACGUCUACGCUGCGCCGACCGCAACGACCGGCUACACGCUCCUCGGCAGCGCCGACACGGGCACCGAGCUUGCGUCCGGCCUCGCUAUCUCGCCAGACUCGAGCCUCCUCGCCGUGAGCAUCAACGCGUCGUGCUGGCUAUACGCGAUCGCGUAUGAAGAGACCAAAUCGGACUUUGCGCUCACACUCCUCGUUAAGUUCCGCACCGACUUUGCGGGCGCCGAGAGUGGCCAGUCCAGCGUCUGCUUUGUCGGCAACCACACGCUGCUCACGGGCGGCGAAGACAGCGUCAUUCGCAGCUGGUCGAUCGCGACCAAUGUCACCACCAAAGGUUGGGCGACAGCGCCCGCGCUGGACGGCGCGCCCGACAUGACGCCUGCCCUCGGCGACUCGGCAAUUGGUGACACCUCGUACGUGCAGCUUGUCGGCGAGUUCAAGGCCCACACGAAGCGCAUCAAGCAGAUCCACGUCGAUGCGUUCAGCCGCCAGCUCGUUGUCUCGAGCGACGAAGCUGCGUCCUGCCACCUCUGGUGGCUCCACGAAGGCGCGGCCAUCACGUGCUCGCUCUCGCAAGCCGACGCCCUCGCUGCGUGCUUUGCAGCCUACCCCAAAUCGGUUCCGCCGCCGCCGAAGGGCGCCAAGCAAGCCCCCACGGUCUUCAAGCACCAGUUCCGCUGUGUCCGCUUCGCGCCCAACGGGCAGUUCCUCAUGACCGUGCUGAGCCCGCCCCGCGGCGACGCUUUUCUCCUCAAGUGGGUGCCGGUGACCACGUCGCAGGUCGACGCGGCGUCAUGGCAGUGGCAGAUCGCUGCGAUUGCGGUCGCCGGGAACGAGCCCGUGGGCAGCUGCUGCAUCAGCGUCGAUGGCGAGCUUGUCGCGACGGCCACUGCGUCCGGCGAAGUGCAAACCUUCUCGACGGCCAAUUUGGAAAAGGUGCGCCGCGAGCAACUUUCAGAAGAGCACACGUUUGCCGUCACGGGCAUGGCCUUCGUGCCCCAAGGCGACGACCGCUACCGUCUCUGCACCGCGGGCGCUGACAAGCGACUCUUGGUGCACGCCGUCUCGUCCGAGCCAGUGGCCAAGGGUUUCUCGCUGCGGUCUUUCCUUGGCCGUCUCGUGCGCUUUGUCGUUGCACUCGGCUUUGGCACGCUCGCUGGCGCGCUCGCCGGCAGCAUCGCGCUUGUCUAUUUGCACGCAACAUACCCCGACGACGUGCUGACGCCUCGGCGACGCUGA